AUGACUUCAUCCCCUGUGGUUCUCAUCACCGCCGGCAGUGCAGGCCUGGGCGCAGUGGUGGCCAAAACCUUCGCGCAGGAAGGGUAUCGUGUGGUCGUCAACUAUAACUCCGAUUCUGAGCGAGCCGAGAGUUUAAUUGCCCAGCUAUCCAGCCAACAAGCGGGUCAGAGCGCUGGUGACCUGGACUCAGUCAGACACAUAGCUAUACGUGCCGACCUAGGUUCUCAGGCUGACAUUCAGCGUCUUGUGAAGGAGACCUAUGAUGCUAUGGGUCGCAUUGAUGUCCUCUUCUCCAACGGAGGAUGGUCAAGGUUUCGUGAUACGAUAUCCAUAGAUGAUAAUGUUCAUGAAGAGGACUGGGACCAAGCCUUCAAUAUCAACGUCAAGUCCCAUCUGUGGAUAUUACAUGCCGCAAAGCCUCACCUCGAGCAAGUUGAGGGAUCUUUCAUAACCACCUCUUCAAUCGCAGGGGUAAGGGGAAUGGGUAGCUCUUUGGUAAUAAUUCAAUCGCAUAUCCCCGGCUCCGGUAUACGUCGCCAACUAACAAUCUACCCUAAGGCCUAUGGUGUUACAAAAGCUGCUCAGUUACAUAUGGUCAAGGCCCUGGCCGGUAUGGUGGGCCCAAAGAUCCGUGUGAAUAGCGUUUCUCCGGGACUACUUCAGACAGACUGGGCAAAAAGGUUUACGGAUGAGCAAAAAGAGGCACAUCGACAACAGACUAAGCUGAAGCGGUUUGUUGAGCUCGAGGACGUGGCAGCACAGGUCCUCCUUCUCGCAAGCUCCUCCUAUUUCGAGAACCUCGGGUUCCACCCCAGCAAGGGCACGAGCUUCAUGCUCGCGCUGCCACAAAAGGAAGAAGAGGUGCGACAGAUUAUUACCCUCGUGCAAGAAUUGUGUUUCGGCGCGGGUGAGAUAUAUGUUCAGGGUCUGGAAGAAAAGCUUCGCCGCCUGGGGAGGGCUAUGAGUGCCAAAGAGCGUAACACACCCCAAGACGAGGAGGCUAUGCCGGUAUUAAACAACAAUAACCUCUAUGAUGACAUUGAAAUGCAAGAACCAGUGAUGGUAGAUCCACAAUGCAGCUCGCAAGGUGUUUCUGGAGGCAAUGUCGAAAGCGCAUCUACCGUUGCCGACAACGCCGAAGGUCUGAUACAAGGCUCUGCUGUGAACCCAUGGCCCGCACCAGAGCAGACCUCAACCUUUGGUCAGCAAUUGACAGCGCUCUCUCUAGAGGCUACUGCGGAACGGCACUUGGGAUCGACCACGGGACUCUCCUUCGCAAACUUGACCCAGAAGAUCCUACGUCGUUUGACGCCAGAUAAGGCGGACUUUGUAUUCAAUAGCCAUCAAGAAACCACUACAGGGAUUGAUAACUUGGACUUCAGUUCUCCUUCAGACCCCUUCAACGACUCGUUCUUCCAAAACCUGAGUGAGUCCAUCUCCACCCAUCCGCUUCUGUUUGGUGACCUCUUCUUCGCCGACUUGGCUGGGUCUGGUGCCACGCUUGAUCCUCUGGCCUGGCCAAAUGAUGAGACACAUGUGCGGCGGCUAGUGGACUUUUAUUUUGCUCACUCCCAUACCCUCUAUCCAAUCUUGAAGCGGUCCGAGGUUAUGGACACUCUUGAAAAGGUCUGUCAAAAUCCUCAGAACCUGGCCACACAAGCUCCCGUCGACGUUUUCAGAAUCUGGAUGGUCCUGGCCAUCGGUUCCACUGCCUACUCUUCUGUCACUCUGACUGAGGAAUCGGAAUCAAUGCUCUUUUACAACAACGCCAUGCAGUAUUCUGAGCAAGCCCUGGGAAGUGACGAAAUGUCUGCCUUGGAGGCCAUAAUGCUCCAGGUCUCUUUUUCCUUUUUCAAUCAACUAGGUCCUAACACCUGGUUUCUUGUUGGCACGGCUGCCCGUCUGGCCUUAGGAAUGGGGCUCCAUUCGGCCUCGUCAUAUCGCAGGUUUCCUCUUGAUGUGCAACAAAGACGCAAGCGGAUAUUUUUUUCAAUAUACAUGAUGGAUCGUGUUGUUUCCAUUACGUUGGGCCGACCGUUCGCAAUUCAUGACGACGAUAUAGAUGUAACGGCCUUUGAAAAUGCCGACGAAGAAUGCAUACACGCCGACUGUAUAAUCCCUCAAACCUCCCUCCAGCCCUCGCUGAUGGCUGUUCCGCUCCACAUUCUAUCUCUGCGGAGAAUUGCAGGCAAGAUUUCGCGGAAGGUCUACAGAAACGCCAAGGACGCAAGUUUGAGCUCGCAAGAACGCGAGGGAAUAAUAGCUUCGUUACACCAAGAACUCCUUGACUGGCGCCGGAGCAUGCCCUUCCCGCUCCCCGACGUCAACAACAACGUACCACAUCUCAACACAACCUGGUAUGACUUCAAUUACUAUACUCACCUCGCGAUGAUAUACAGACCAUCCCCAUUAUUCCCCGUUUCAGACUUGAAGCGGAUCAAAAUACUGGAGACGGCAGCGUCAAUGUCACUCCGCCAAGCAUUCAGCAUGCAUCAGCAACAACGAUUUGCCUACAACUGGUUGAAUUUCCUCGCUCUCUUCACAGCGACGCUAUCAUUAAUCUACGCAAUUACCGCCCAGCCUGAUGACCUUAGCGCCGUCCUGAGAAAUACACGAGCUAUCGCCGAUCUCGACCUCGCAACACAGCUUUUCGAGAUCCUCGGACUCAAGUUUGUGGAAGCCAAGAAGAUUCAAGGCAUGAUCGCUGAGAUAUCUCGGCGAUAUAAGGAGGUUCUUGCCUUGAAUAAUAUGGAGGCCAAUAUGAGCUAUCAUAGUGAAAUAUGA